UUUCCUCCGAUCCAAAACGGAAACGCGAUGGGGAGGUCUUUGUUUGAUGCGCUCGUCUCCGUGUUUGUUACGGUGCACCCGCAUGAGACUUCUGCUCUGCUUCACUCCUUCUUCUGCUUCUUCUUCAUUUUGAGUGCGUAUUUCGUAGUUCUUCCGUUGCGGGACGAAGGUGCCAUCUCAUUGGGGUUAUCAAAUUUACCUGGUUUAUUUGUAGGGUCCUUGGUGCUCACCCUCUUCGCUGCGCCUCUUUCUUCUCUCAUAUUCUCUCUUCCUAAUCUUUCGAAAAACAAGGCUUUGGUUUUGAUACACAGGUUCUUUAGUGUAUCACUCGUAGUGUUCUUUAUUCUGUGGCACUCCUCAUCAGCUGGAUAUUCAACGUCCAAUCAGAUAGGGUCCUCAACUUUGACUGUUCCCUCAAAAGAAGGAGGGAAAAUUGACGAACAAGGCAGUCUCGCAUCUUCAUUUGGUUGGAAUAACCAUGGAUGGUUCUAUAUCUCUGUCCGAAUAGGAUUGUUUCUUUGGGUAGCUUUGCUUAAUCUAAUUACAAUUUCUUCAACUUGGGCAAGGGUAAUUGACGUGAUGGACAGUGAGUCAGGUUCAAGAUUAUUCGGGUUUAUUGGUGCGGGUGCCACCCUCGGACAAUUGUUUGGGUCACUGUUUGCCACAGGAAUGGCUUUUGUUGGCCCAUUCUUGCUUUUGUUUGCUGCUUUGUUGCUGGAAUUUGCAGCGCAGACAUCAAGAGGGAUAAAUCGCGAUACAUCUAAUGUUGAAGAAGAAUUGUCUCCCAUUAGACAAUCUGAUUCCAACAACGAAAAUGAGGCUGAUGAGAAGACCGAACAUCCUCCAAGAGGUUCUCCAAAGUCAUCAACUUCUUCUCUGAAGCUUCAAAUUUGGCCCAUGUUAGAAGGACUCUGGCUUAUAUUGUCAUCAACUUACCUGUUACAUGUAUCAUUGUUCAUCUGGCUAAAUGCAGUUGUCUCUUCAUUCUUCUAUUUUCAGAAAGUGAGUGUGGUUGCCACUACAGUUACUAGCUCUCUUGGUAGGAGAAAAUUGUUUGCCCAGAUAAAUAGCUUUAUUGCUGUUUUUAUUCUUGUUGGACAACUGUCCUUAACGGGACGCAUUCUUACUGUUGCUGGGGUGACUACAGCUAUAAGCUCAGCACCUCUUGUUGGCCUCUUAAAUUUUGUCGUUCUAGCUGUUUGGCCAGAUUGGGUGGUUGUUGCUAUUUGUGAGACACUGAGAAAGGUUGUUACGUAUGUUGUGUCAAGGCCUGGAAGAGAACUUUUAUUUACUGUUGUUUCAGAGGAUGAGAAGUAUAAAGCCAAAAUAUGCAUAGAUGUGUUGGUUCAAAGAUUUGGAGAUGCUGCAGCAGCUGGAAUGUACAAAAUGCUUUUUGGUACCCUCAAUGGGAAGCCAUCAACCGUUUCCCUUUAUGGCCUUCCUGUUUGUUUGUUGUGGAUCGUCACAGCAUUCUCUUUGGGUCGUCGGCAAGCGCAACUUUCAAAGCACCAGAUUUCCUCUAGUUAAUAGAAUUUGAGAUUAUAUGUACAGCGAAAUAUAAACAUGGGAUAGUUCAAUCAAUUGUAUGAGCCGUGUAUAAAAAGCUAACACAUGGGUAUGCUUUCCCAAUUUUUCAAAGCAUUCCAUCUGUGUUGGUAAUUGCAGAAAUUCUUAUGUAGAGUAAUAUACUCAAUGUAGUAAACAAAAAAACAUGUCAGGUCGAUUGUAUAAUCAUAC